AUGUCUAUAGAACCCUUGUUUUGUGCAGCCCUGCAAACCAAUAAAUCACCACUGCUCACUAUAGACAUAGAGGGAAUCACAGACACUCAAACUGCUCUAAUUGAUUCUGGUUCUUCUGCCAACUUCAUUGACCCCCAAUUUGCCUGCUCCCACAACAUUCCACUCAUUGAAUUGGACUCCCCCUGCUCUGUCAUUGGCAUUAAUGGCAAACAAGUCAACAACCCUAUCCGCUUCAAGGCUUGGUUAGUCUUUAGCUCUCAAAACAGGCAAUUUUCUGCCAUCUUCUAUGCUCUUCCCCUUGGAAACAGAAACCUUAUUCUUGGAGCCCCAUGGCUCAAAUUGGCCAAUCCAGACAUUGAUUGGACCACCAUGAAAGUUUCACUCCGCCUAGCUACAGAAGCACAAGCUGGCAGCAUCAACCCUGAGCCUCAGAAUCUUCCUGUUGAGUUUCAGGAGCUCCAGAAAGUGUUCAGUGAAGAGUUCUUUACCACACUGCCAGAACAUUGCCCUUAUGACAUUGCUAUUGACCUGGAAGAAGACAAACAGCCUCCCUAUGGCCCUAUCUAUUCUAUGACCCCUGCAGAAAGAGAAGCACUCAAGGAACACAUUGACUCAGAACUUGCAGCUGGAAAGAUUGUGCCAACCACCUCACCAGCAGGAGCUCUGGUGAUGUUUGUAAAAAGGGCUGAUGGCAGGCUUUGCUUAGUGGUGGACUAUUGCUGGCUAAAUGCCAUCACAAUCAAGGACAGAUAUGCGCUACCCAGACAGGACAAGCUAAUUGAGAAAUUGCACCAUGCUAAGAUCUUCACAAAGCUAGAUUUGAGGAAUGGAUAUCACAACAUCAGAAUUAAGGAAGGAGAUGAAUGGAAGGCUGCAUUUUGCACUGGCCUUGGCCAUUUUGCUCCCACAGCCAUGCAAUUUGGCCUUAGCAACGCCCCAGCUGUGUUUAUGCGCUUCAUGAAUGACAUAUUCUGUGAUUUACUUGACAUCUCUGUGGUUGUGUAUUUGGAUGACAUCUUGAUCUUCUCAAACUCAAGAGAAGAGCUUGUGGAACAUGUCAAGGAAGUCUUAUCUUGCUUGCUAAAGCAUAAUCUAUUCUGCAACCUUGCCAAAUGCUACUUCUUUGUCACAGAAGUCACCUACAUUGGUCUUGUGAUUACACCUGAUGGCAUCUCUGUGCAGAAAGACAAGGUGCAAGCAAUCAUGGACUGGCCUGAACCCCAAAAUGUGAAACAAGUGCAAUCAUUCCUAGGCUUUGCAAACUUCUACUGUUGCUUUGUCCCCAACUUCUCUUGCUUAGCACACCCUCUGAAUAACCUUAAUCAGAAGGAGCAACCAUGGAUCUGGCUAGAAGAACAGAAGGCUGCAUUUGAUGCAAUCAAGGCUGAGAUGUGCAAGGAGCCUGUUCUGGCUCACCCUGAUGAAUCUAAAUCUUACACCUUGGAAACAGAUGCUUCUGGAGCAGCCAUGGGCGCUGUACUAUCUCAGAGAAAGGAAGAUGGUUGUCUACAUCCUGUUGCAUUCAUGUCAGCCAGCUUUUCACCUGCUGAGCAGAACUAUGACACACAUGACAAGGAGCUACUUGCCAUCAUUUGUGCAUUUGAGCACUGGAGAAUCUUCCUGGAAGGAACUGAGCAGCCAAUCACUGUGUUUACUGAUCACAAGAAUCUGGAGUACUGGAAAUCAGCCAGAACCUUCAACAGGCGUCAUAUGUGCUGGCAUCUCAUGCUGGCGUCUUACAACUUUGUCAUUGCUUAUAGACCUGGGAAACAGUCACAGCAACCUGAUGCCCUAUCAAGACAACUUGAUCACAUGGACUUAGAACCAUCUCCACAAGAAGCUACUCAGGAAGACCCUAGUCUUGACACAAUCUUGCUAGCUGUAUCAGACCCUAAAUCCAUGCCCCACAGCAUUGCACAAAAGUUCAAGGACUAUACAAUUCAGGAGGGUCUACUUUUGUAUCAAGGAAGAGUACUUGUGCCAGAUGAACCUGAGAUCAAACAGCAGCUCUUAUCUCACUUCCAUGAUUCCCCUGCUUCUGGUCACCAAGGAAGAGCACAAACUCCAGAGUUAAUCAGUUGUCACUACUACUGGCCAGCAAUGAAAUUCCAAGUCAAUUGCUAUGUGGAGUCUUGUGAAAUCUGCCAAAGAAGCAAGGGCCAUGCACACAACUAUGCUCUCAACCUGCUUUCUGUCCCUGCAGGUCUCUGGGAAGACAUCUCAUAUGAUUUCAUUGUCAAGUUUCCCAAGUGUAAGGGAUAUGACAGCAUUCUGGUGGUUGUAGACUGCUUCUCAAAGAUGAUGCACCUGAUUCCCUGCAAAGAAACUGCUACUGCUGAGGAUGUAGCUCAGGUGUUCUUGGAGCAUGUUUGGAAGCUACAUGGAACUCCCAAGCGCACUGUGUCUGACAGAGGCACUACAUUCAACUCCAAGUUCCUCAAGGCACUCUACAAAUCUCUGCAAAUCACUCCUAGUUUCUCCACUGCUUAUCACCCACAAUCUGAUGGGCAAACUGAGAUCAAGAACCAUUGGCUAGAGGCUUACCUAUGUCCCUUCAUUAAUCAUAGACAGUCUGAUUGGGUUGAUUGGCUCCCACUAGCUGAAUUCACUCAUAACAAUGCCAGAAGCAAAGCAUCAGGCAAAUUGCCCUUUGAGAUUGUGUAUGGCUGUUCUCCUGUCAUUUCACUGCUCCUGGAACCCACUGGAUUGCCUAUUGCUGAUAACAGAGCCAAGCAACUUGCUGAGACAAUUCAGGAAGUACAGGCAUCAAUCAAAUGGGCUCAGGAGUGCUACAAACAGGCAGACACAGGGAAACCACCUCCUGAGUUUCAACCAGGAGACAAAGUUUGGCUUCUGGCUUCCAAUAUCACAUUGCAGCACCCCAACAAAAAGCUCAACCAUAAGCAGUAUGGCCCUUUCCCUGUCAUAGAAAGAGUGGGCUCUCAUGCUUAUUGCCUGGCUCUCCCCGAGACCCUGAAGAUCCAUGAUGUGUUCCAUGUCAGCUUAUUAUCUGCUUUCAAACAAGACACAGAUUUUAAUUGCACAUUCACUCCCCCACCGCCUGUGAUCACAGCAGAAGGAGAAGAAGAGCAUGAAGUAGACAAAUUUGUAGAUUGGGCAGCAGAAGACGGAAUCUGGAAGUACAGGGUCAGAUGGAAGGGAUAUGUGCCCCAUGAGGACACAUGGGAACCAGCCAAGGAUCUACAGCAUUGCAAGGACAAAUUGCGCAACUUCUUUGCUAAUUAUCUGGAUGCCCCAGCCACCAACAACCCCAUCCCUGCAAAUGUGUGCAAAGUUAAAAGAGGCAAGAUGCUCUCACUGCCAAAACUUGCCCUGCUAAGCUCUUCUUGCACUCCCCACUAUCCCAGCAUGCCCAUCUUCAGCUCCAUCAAUGCCUUGGCCUACAACCCUUGCCUCAACAUCAAUUGCUACAUCAUGAAUGGCCCAGAAGAAAUGAGAGUACACCUAGACAGCUCUGCCAACAUAAUUCAUGCUCUGAUGAGCGCCAGUAGUUGCAACAAGGUCAGGUUCUUCAAGCGCAAUGUGUACAAGCACCCCAAGUGGGGAUUCCUCUAUUGGCUUGACCCCAGGGGAGAAGAAGGACCAGAUACACUGUAUGGAAAGCAAGUAUACCACUGGUGGCACUUCAUUGCCUCCCAUCCAGGGGCUUUCAGGGAUCUAGCACAAUGGCAUUGCCAUGGGUUUGCUACCCCACCCCCUACAGUCUCCACACCUCCAUCUGUAAGAGAGCUAACCCAGGCAAUGCAGAACCUAAUUCUGCUUUACCCAGCAGACCCACCAGCCUACACAAGCAGGCCAGCAAUGCCAGUGACCCCUCCAGCAUGCCCAGACACUCCCAGGCCAACAGAGGCGCAUGCACCAGCACCCUUGCCAUUCCCCCUGUUCUCCAGCACACCAGACACUUGCUGGACCCCAGGAUACUUGUCUCCAGUGGGAGAAACACAGUGGGAGCCUCAGAGCUACCUAGGAUGGAGCAAUGAGGAGAUAAGAAGCAAUGAGGAGCUGUUUAGGUUUGAGGAGUUACUUGCUAUUGAUUGUUCUGAAUGGAUGUAA